GCAAACGGAAUAAUUACUGUGGAUUCUGCAUCGUGAGCAGAAUUACCUUUGAAUUCAACCUUUUUUCUUUGAAUUUGCAUCUCUUCAAGACACAAGAUUAAAACAAAAUUUACGCUAGAUUGGAUUUUAAAUGAUCUCCCGUUCAUUUAUCCUUCGUCUUUCUUAUGUGGAUAUGAAAGCGAGAAGAGGAGACUGGACAUCCCCAACAUGCCCACUCCCUUAAUCUGCCCGUCUAGAGGUUUGGCUUCUACAAACCAAGGGUGUCGCCGAGUUGAAGAUGAAGCCCAGAACAGAGUGCUGUUCUCCCAAAUUCUGGUUGGUGUUGGCUGUCCUGGCCGUGUCAGGCAGCAGAGCUCGUUCUCAGAAGAGCCCCCCCAGCAUCGGCAUCGCCGUCAUCCUCGUGGGCACUUCAGACGAGGUGGCCAUCAAGGAUGCCCACGAGAAAGAUGACUUCCACCAUCUCUCUGUGAUUCCCCGUGUGGAGCUGGUAGCCAUGAAUGAGACCGACCCAAAGAGCAUUAUCACCCGCAUCUGUGAUCUCAUGUCUGACCGGAAGAUCCAAGGGGUGGUGUUCGCUGAUGACACAGACCAGGAAGCCAUUGCCCAAAUUCUCGAUUUCAUUUCAGCCCAGACUCUCACCCCUAUCCUGGGCAUCCACGGGGGCUCCUCCAUGAUCAUGGCAGAUAAGGAUGAAUCCUCUAUGUUCUUCCAGUUUGGCCCAUCAAUUGAACAGCAAGCUUCCGUAAUGCUCAACAUCAUGGAAGAAUAUGACUGGUAUAUCUUUUCUAUUGUCACCACCUACUUCCCUGGCUACCAGGACUUUGUAAACAAGAUCCGCAGCACCAUUGAGAAUAGCUUCGUUGGCUGGGAGCUAGAGGAAGUCCUCCUACUGGACAUGUCCCUGGAUGAUGGCGAUUCUAAAAUCCAGAAUCAGCUCAAGAAACUUCAAAGCCCCAUAAUUCUUCUUUACUGUACUAAGGAAGAAGCCACUUACAUCUUUGAAGUGGCUAACUCAGUAGGGCUGACAGGCUACGGCUACACGUGGAUUGUACCUAGUCUGGUGGCAGGGGACACAGACACAGUACCCUCAGAGUUCCCCACUGGGCUCAUCUCUGUAUCAUAUGAUGAAUGGGACUAUGGCCUCCCUGCCAGAGUGAGAGAUGGAAUUGCCAUAAUCACCACUGCUGCUUCCGACAUGCUGUCUGAACACAGCUUCAUCCCUGAGCCCAAGAGCAGUUGCUACAACACCCACGAGAAGAGAAUCUACCAGUCUAAUAUGCUGAAUAGGUAUCUGAUCAAUGUCACUUUUGAAGGGAGAAAUCUGUCCUUCAGUGAAGAUGGCUACCAGAUGCACCCCAAACUGGUGAUAAUCCUUCUGAACAAGGAGAGAAAGUGGGAGAGGGUGGGGAAGUGGAAAGACAAGUCCCUGCAGAUGAAAUACUACGUGUGGCCCCGGAUGUGUCCUGAGACGGAAGAGCAAGAGGAUGACCACCUGAGCAUUGUGACCCUGGAGGAAGCACCUUUUGUCAUUGUGGAAAGUGUGGACCCUCUGAGUGGGACCUGCAUGAGGAACACAGUCCCCUGCCAAAAACGCAUAGUCUCUGAGAAUAAAACAGAUGAGGAGCCAGGUUACAUCAAAAAAUGCUGCAAGGGGUUCUGUAUCGACAUCCUUAAGAAAAUCUCUAAAUCUGUGAAGUUCACCUAUGACCUUUACCUGGUUACUAAUGGCAAGCAUGGGAAGAAAAUCAAUGGAACCUGGAAUGGUAUGAUCGGAGAGGUGGUCAUGAAGAGGGCCUACAUGGCAGUGGGAUCCCUUACCAUCAAUGAGGAACGAUCAGAAGUAGUCGACUUCUCUGUGCCCUUCAUAGAGACUGGCAUCAGUGUCAUGGUGUCACGCAGCAAUGGGACUGUCUCACCUUCUGCCUUCUUAGAGCCAUUUAGUGCUGACGUAUGGGUCAUGAUGUUUGUAAUGCUGCUCAUCGUCUCAGCCGUGGCUGUCUUUGUCUUUGAGUACUUCAGCCCUGUGGGUUAUAACAGGUGCCUCGCUGAUGGCAGAGAGCCAGGUGGCCCAUCUUUCACCAUCGGCAAAGCUAUUUGGUUACUCUGGGGUCUGGUGUUUAACAACUCCGUACCUGUGCAGAACCCAAAGGGGACCACAUCCAAGAUCAUGGUGUCGGUGUGGGCCUUCUUUGCUGUCAUCUUCCUGGCCAGCUACACUGCCAACUUAGCUGCCUUCAUGAUCCAAGAGGAAUACGUGGACCAGGUUUCUGGCCUGAGUGACAAAAAGUUCCAGAGACCUAAUGACUUCUCACCCCCUUUCCGUUUCGGGACUGUACCCAAUGGCAGCACAGAGAGGAAUAUUCGCAAUAACUAUGCAGAAAUGCAUGCAUACAUGGGAAAGUUCAACCAGAGGGGUGUCGAUGAUGCAUUGCUCUCCCUGAAAACAGGGAAACUGGAUGCCUUCAUUUAUGAUGCAGCAGUGCUGAACUACAUGGCAGGCAGAGAUGAAGGCUGCAAGUUGGUGACCAUUGGUAGUGGGAAGGUCUUUGCUUCCACGGGUUAUGGCAUUGCCAUCCAAAAGGAUUCUGGGUGGAAGCGCCAGGUGGACCUUGCGAUCCUGCAGCUCUUUGGAGAUGGAGAGAUGGAAGAACUGGAAGCUCUCUGGCUCACUGGCAUUUGCCACAAUGAAAAGAAUGAGGUCAUGAGCAGCCAACUGGACAUUGACAACAUGGCAGGAGUCUUCUACAUGUUGGGAGCAGCCAUGGCUCUCAGCCUUAUCACUUUCAUUUGCGAACACCUUUUCUAUUGGCAGUUCCGACAUUGCUUUAUGGGUGUCUGUUCUGGCAAGCCUGGCAUGGUCUUCUCCAUCAGCAGAGGAAUCUACAGCUGCAUCCACGGAGUGGCCAUCGAGGAGCGCCAAUCCGUGAUGAACUCCCCCACCGCCACCAUGAACAACACCCACUCCAACAUCCUGCGCCUGCUCCGCACCGCCAAGAACAUGGCCAACCUGUCGGGUGUGAACGGCUCCCCGCAGAGCGCCCUGGACUUCAUCCGCCGCGAGUCCUCCGUCUACGACAUCUCCGAGCACCGCCGCAGCUUCACGCACUCCGACUGCAAGUCCUACAACAACCCGCCCUGCGAGGAGAACCUCUUCAGCGACUACAUCAGCGAGGUGGAGAGAACGUUCGGGAACCUGCAGCUCAAGGACAGCAACGUGUACCAGGAUCACUACCACCACCACCACCGGCCCCACAGCAUCGGCAGCGCCAGCUCCAUCGACGGGCUCUACGACUGCGACAACCCGCCCUUCACCACGCAGCCGCGCUCCAUCAGCAAGAAGCCCCUGGACAUUGGCCUCCCUUCCUCCAAGCACAGCCAGCUGAGCGACCUGUACGGCAAGUUCUCCUUCAAGAGCGACCGCUACAGCGGCCACGACGACCUGAUCCGCUCGGACGUGUCGGACAUCUCCACCCACACGGUCACCUACGGGAACAUCGAGGGCAACGCGGCCAAGCGGCGGAAGCAGCAGUACAAGGACAGCCUGAAAAAGCGGCCGGCGUCGGCCAAGUCCCGCCGGGAGUUCGACGAGAUCGAGCUGGCCUACCGUCGCCGACCGCCCCGCUCCCCUGACCACAAGCGGUACUUCAGGGACAAGGAGGGGCUCCGGGACUUCUACCUGGACCAGUUCCGAACCAAGGAGAACUCGCCUCACUGGGAGCACGUGGACCUGACCGACAUCUACAAGGAGCGCAGCGACGACUUUAAGCGCGACUCCGUCAGUGGAGGAGGGCCCUGUGCCAACAGGGCUCAUCUCAAGCACGGGACAGGCGACAAGCACGGCGUGGUCAGCGGGGUGCCAGCGCCUUGGGAGAAGAACCUGACCAAUGUGGAGUGGGAGGACCGGUCCGGGAGCAACUUCUGCCGCAGCUGCCCGUCCAAGCUGCACAACUACUCCACGACGGUGGCAGGCCAGAACUCGGGCAGGCAGGCGUGCAUCCGGUGUGAGGCGUGCAAGAAGGCAGGCAACCUGUAUGACAUCAGCGAGGACAACUCCCUCCAGGAGCUGGACCAGCCGGCCGCCCCCGUGGCAGUGCCGUCCAACGCCUCCACCACCAAGUAUCCCCAGAGCCCGACUAAUUCCAAGGCCCAGAAGAAGAACCGGAACAAACUCCGCCGGCAGCACUCCUACGACACCUUCGUGGACCUGCAGAAGGAAGAAGCCGCCUUGGCCCCGCGCAGCGUGAGCCUGAAAGACAAGGGCCGUUUCCUGGAUGGCAGCCCCUACGCCCACAUGUUUGAGAUGCCAGCUGGUGAAAGCACCUUUGCCAACAACAAGUCCUCAGUGCCCACUGCCGGACACCACCACCACAACAACCCCGGCAGCGGCUACAUGCUCAGCAAGUCGCUCUACCCUGACCGGGUCACGCAAAACCCUUUCAUCCCCACGUUUGGGGAUGACCAGUGCUUGCUUCAUGGCAGCAAAUCCUACUUCUUCAGGCAGCCCACGGUGGCAGGGGCAUCGAAAGCCAGGCCAGACUUCCGGGCCCUUGUCACCAACAAGCCGGUGGUCUCGGCCCUUCAUGGGGCUGUGCCAGGCCGUUUCCAGAAGGACAUCUGUAUAGGGAACCAGUCCAACCCCUGUGUGCCUAACAACAAAAACCCCAGGGCUUUCAAUGGCUCCAGCAAUGGGCAUGUUUAUGAGAAACUUUCUAGUAUUGAGUCUGAUGUCUGAGUGAGGGAAGAGAGAGGUGAAGGUGGGUAUGGGAGGAGUAGGGCUGUGGGCCGUGUGGUGCGCAUGUCACAGAGUGACGGGGGUGAACUUGGUUCCCAUUUGCUCCUUUCUUGUUGUUUUCAUUUCUUUAUGGGAUCCUGGAGAUCUGAUUCCUACUGAGGGCAACCCUGGUGACCAGCACCAUCUCCCCUCCCUUUUGCAGUUCCCUCCUUCUCCCCCAUCUGUCAGCCAUUCCUGUUCCCAUGAGAGGAUGAAAUGGGCCUCUCAGUAAGGGAGGGUAGAGUGGAGAAAGCAAGUGCUGCAUGUGAGCUUCCUCCUAGUUUGGAAGAGCUCUUUGCCAUUCACCUGGAGCGGAGCUAGGAGAGAAGCAAAAGGAGACCAAGGGGGGUAGCUUUUCCCGAACUCAUCUCUUAGUUUAGGUGAGAAAGCAAAAGCAUCUAAGCGAGACCAUUUCACUGCUUGUGAGUGAAAGCAAGCUUUUGCUAAAUUAUCGUUGCUUAGAGAACAUCUUUCUAGGGACCAUGUGCCAAGCAGAGAGUAGAGCCAUGUGUGUUUAUAUGUAAGCCAAACAACUAUCUGCUUCAACUUACGAGACUUAUUGGUGGUGGACUGGAAUAGGAGGUCAUUGGUGGGUAAGUGGAUUCCUGAAUAAACAGCAAAGUCCAUUGUGAUCAUGUCCCAUGGGACAUUGGAGGCAAGGCAGAUGCAUGGCAUGUGCGUGUCUGUCCACAUACAAAAAUAGCCACACGUGUAGUCAGGUGCCUCUAAAUAUAGAGAGGGCUACCUCGACUUGCUAUGUUAUUUAUUUCAUUAUCUCUAAACAAUGUGCUUGUUUUGGCUUAUAUACAAACAGAGAUGGUCAUGGGUUACCUGAAUCUUGGCUGUCUCCCCCCUUUAUCCUUCCUGAAUGAGAAGAAUGGAAGUUCUUGAUGAAGAAGAUCUUGUGGUCCAGGUCAAAAAGGUGGUAAACAACCCCAUGAGAGCAAGGUAUAAAGACAUUCUGUCAGUGGUUGACAAUAGUUUCAACCAGCCUAUGCCAAGAACUUUCUAGGAAGGCUAAAGGGAAAUAGAAGCAGCCAUGAUUCUGUUGCCCAUGCUUGAGAGCAAAGGAUUUUUGAAAGUGCUCUUUUGAGGUUUUAGACCCUCAAGUGGCUGAGGUUGACGGAGGACCUAGGUAAGGCUUUAAAGAUGAAAGGAGUCAUUUAUGGUAGGGUAAGUGAGAGAGGGGGAUGUUUUCAAUGCUUUGAUCCCUUCUUACUUAACCUGGAGCUAGAAGAGCAGGCUUGUUCUCCCAGAGCUUAUUACAACUGAUAGGGUAUAGGCAGGUAGAAGGAGAGAGCUGACCUCCAGGAGUGCAGCUCAGGAGCCCUGGAGAGAAGGGAAGAGAUUUGGAAAUGGGGGAGGAAUGAAGGGAGGACUCUCCAACUGCCUCCAUGGCCUGGCUCCCUGGGAAUGUGACUUGAAUCUGGUGUGAGCACUCUUGGUAGAAGCCUUUCCACCUUCCUGCAACACUUCCUUUCCUUUCAGAUUGUGCCGUUCAAGAGUUAAAACAAAUAGGUCUAAAACUCCAGGGAUGAGGGUACUGGCAGACAUGACGCCCCCUUCCCUUAUUGUUGGAAAACUGAGAAGGGAAAUGAAUAUUUGUCACUGCCGGUCCUGAAACUUGGGGCAGGGGUGUUCUUCUGUGGGUUGGUUCCACGGUCCUGCCAUCCUCCUCUUAUGCAGGGUGGCCUCCGAAGGCCCUGGGUCUGUGUGGAAGCUUGACUGCAGGAUCGCUAUGUUGCACCCAGGACACACAAACCAGAAAGGUGCUCACCCUCUUCUGGAAGGAAGCUGCCAUGUCUCUUCACGUCACCCCUCCAGGGCUGCUCUUUGCCUUCCCGACUGCCCUGACUCAUGACCCUUCCUCACACCCUGCCCUUGACUGCCGCUGUUCCCCACCCUCCUCUUGAUUUUUACCUCAGUAUCUUUCAUUUAAAGCCAACUGAAGGCCUUGUAAAGCAUUGUUUUCUUGCUAAGAUGGACGUGGGGGCAAGGGGCUGAACCUCUCACAGAGUUGGAGAGAGGAACGUGGAGUGCUUUACCUUAGAGUCAAGGAAAGACUUUGAGAGAGAGGAAGAGGGCGUGAGGCAUCUCCAGGAGGAAGAAGGAGAAGGGCCAUAGAAACAUUGCUUCACCCUGGCUCUGCCCACGGGUCAGGGGCUCAUCCCCUCACUCUUCCUCUUACCUCACCCCUUUACAAUAAAAACCAAACCAACUAACCUAGCGAACAGCAAUCUAGAAACAGAGGGGGCUCUGUCUGUCUCCACUGGCGACAGAAAUCAAGAUGGUGUUUAUUUCAUAUGUAAAUAUUUU